AUGCGGCCCCUUUCACCAGUGCUCGCCUCCCUGGCGAACGUCUUCCGAAUCCCCAUCUCGCAGACGCCCGCGCGCCCCAUUGUCAGCCGCCUCAGCAGCGAGACCAAAUCUCCUCGCGGGCCCGUCACCUCCGCUCUCCAGCAGCAGACCGCCAGACCCUUCUCGACAACCAAUGCCCUCCUAAAGAGAAAGGGAAACGCACCCCGGGGCGACCGGCGCGUCACGCUCAUCCGCUACUUCCUCUGGCACCCGCUCACGCCGCGCCCGCUGCGCUUCUCGCGAACCCGCUACCUCCGCCACUGGACCAUCCACCGCGCGUGGCAGCUGUACCAGGCGCAGCAGCGCCGCGCGCAGCAGCUCGAGCUGCAGCGCCAGUGGCAGUCGAUGCAGGCGGCGUGUGAGGAGCUCCGCACGGGCGCCGGCGACGGCGGCCGGCUGUUCCGCAAGUCGAUGAUCAAGACGGGCGUGUUCCGCGAUCUGUUUCCGAUCGAGUAUGGGCGCUUGCAGACGGAGAAUCCGCCCAAGGACGGGUGGAAUCAUGAGUGGAAGCGGCCGGAGAGGAAGACCGAUGGUCUUGCUUUGUGUAUUCUUGUUGGAGGGAUCAUGAAGAAGCGAGUCGCUCCAAAAUCAAAUGAGAGAAUGUCGGAGUGCGCCUGA